AUGACGAUGAUGACGACAAUCAUAUCGUCGUCGUCAUUGUAUAUCAAACACGAACGACACGGAUGGCCAGCAAACGACGGAUGGACUACGACGAAGACACGCCGAGUGCCGACCACCAUGAGACCUGCCAAGCGCCGACCACCGUUAAGAAACGAAGAUGAGUGCCCAUCAACACCACCUACAAACGGCGGCGAUGGCUCAGCCAUUGCCCAUGAUUCCUCACUGCCUUCCCCCCCAUUCCCUUAUGGCCCUUCACUCCCUCCCCAAUUCCCUCCCUCUCCCAUUCCCUCACUCCCCCCAUUCACCUCACUCCCCCCAUUCACCUCACUCCCCCCAUUCACCUCACUCCCCCCCCAUUCCCUCACUCCCUUUUCCCUUUAUUUAAUAUUUAAUGUAGUAAUGUAA